CGGCUCCUAGCCCUGGCUCUCGGCUCUCCGGCCCUCCGCACCGACCCACGCAGCCCCUCGCGCUCCGGCCCUCGGCGGGAACCCGGCCACCCCGGAGAUUUCGCACCGGCCCCGGCGAGCGAUGACCCUGCAGCCGCCCGGCUCCUGCCCAGUCUCAGCCCGCGCGGCCGCCUCGCGCAGCCCGGGUCCCCGCUUUGGGCCGGGCUUCGCCUCCGGAUGGGCCCCUCCCACUCUCGCAGUCAGUUCAGCUCCGACAGAUCUCCGUUGGUGCAGCCGGCCUCGGGCGUAGGCCCCAAGCCCUAGGACCAGGCGAGGUACCCGGGUGUGGCGCCUCCGCUGUGGCGAAGGCAAGCCAGGGAUGUGCGGCCCACGGGGUGGCGCCCCAGGCUGCACCCAGAAAGCGGGCUCUUAGCGUCCCUGGAUCCCGCUGCUGCCCCACUCUUAGGUGGAAUACUCGGCUGUGGCCCUGGACUCACGGUAGCUUUGCCUAAAGUAUAAACAUAGAUGGGUGUCCCUUAGGUUGAGGGCAGGCAGUGUACCUCUGGGAGAGGAUGGUGACCCCCUGGUGGUUCUCUGUCAGGGUCUGCUUGUCGCACCUAAGGAAUUUUGAGCUCAGAAAGAAACUCGGCCUUCUAAGACCCUCUGGAUGCCCUCGCAAUGCCAGACUCUCUUGGCUUCUGCUUGGCACUCUGCCCAAACUCAUCUCAACCCAUGAGAACAUUGGUGAGGGGGCCUCGGACAGCCUGUGCCAGCAAAGGGCCGGCUGGAGUGACUUGGCUGAAAAUUUUCCACUGGAGACGGUCUCCCAAGAGGGGCGGUUAGGCUGCCUCCUUCUCCUCCAUCUCCGUAUCUGGCUGCGAGCUGGGGCUCUCUUGAUGAAAUUCUUCCCCCUCCUUCUACUGUACCCCCUCACCUACGUGGCUCCCAGCGUCUCCAACCUCUGGCUCCACCUGCUUCUGAAAGCCACCGAGACCUCAGGUCCAACGUACAUCAAACUGGGCCAGUGGGCCAGCACCCGUCGAGACCUCUUCUCAGAGGCUUUCUGUGCCCACUUCUCCAAGCUGCAUGUCCAAGUGACCCCCCACCCUUGGACUCACACUGAACACUUCCUGCAGCAAGCAUUUGGGAAAGACUGGGGGAAGGUCCUCUGCUUUGAUAAGCAGGAACCUGUGGGUUCAGGCUGUGUGGCCCAAGUGUACAAAGCACGCGCCAAUCCUGCCUUCCUGGAGAAUGACAGCAUCCAGAGACUUGCCAAGGCCUCCCGCCUCCAGCGUUUUUCAGGAGCUGGGACAGUUGGAGGCCUAAGAGAACUUUUUGGACACGUGGGGAAAGGAUGGAGGCCUCAAGGGAAUCUGGCUGACCAGUCACUUCUAGAAAGGCUCCUCCUCCCUAAAGCUGACCUGGUCGGAUCAAAUGCAGUUGUGUCUCAGGCUUCAAUCCCUGCCCACCAACCUGAGCCAGAUCACCUCAUUCCUGUGGCAGUGAAAGUGUUGCACCCUGGCUUGCUCACUCAGGUGCAGAUGGACCUGCUGCUGAUGAAGAUGGGCAGCCGAAUCCUUGCCCUUUUGCCAGGAAUCAAGUGGCUUAGCUUGCCUGAGAUUGUGGAGGAAUUUGAGAAGCUAAUGGUCCAACAGAUCGACCUGCGUUACGAAGCUCAGAAUCUGGAACACUUCCAGUGCAACUUCCUGAAUGUGAAUUCUGUCAAAUUCCCCACCCCUCUGCGUCCCUUUGUCACCAGGGAUGUCUUGGUGGAAACCUAUGAAGAGAGUGUGCCUGUAUCCAGUUACCAGCAGGCAGGCAUUCCCGUUGACUUGAAGAGAAAGAUUGCGCGGCUGGGGAUCAACAUGCUCCUGAAGAUGGUGUUUGUGGACAACUUCGUCCAUGCAGACCUUCACCCUGGGAACAUCCUAGUCCAGGGUGCUGAUGGUCCCUGCACGGGCCAAGAGGCGCGGCUGCAGCAGGUGGCCGUCUGUGACACGCUAGCGGCUACCAGGAUGCCUGCGCAGUGCCCUCUGCGCCUGGUGCUGCUGGAUGCCGGCAUCGUGGCCGAGCUGCAGGCCGCUGACCUGAGGAACUUCCGGGCAGUUUUCAUGGCUGUGGCAAUGGGGCAGGGCCAAAGAGUGGCUGAGCUCGUCCUGCAUCAUGCGCGGGCCAGUGAGUGCAGGGACGUGGAGGGAUUCAAGGCUGAGAUGGCCACACUGGUGACGCAGGCCAGAAAGAACACCAUCACCCUGGAAAAGCUUCAAGUUUCCAGUCUUCUCGCGAAUGUCUUUAAGUUGCUGAUGACUCACAAGGUAAAGCUUGAGAGCAACUUUGCCUCAAUUGUGUUUGCCAUCAUGGUGUUGGAGGGGCUUGGCCGCUCCCUGGACCCCAAGCUGGACAUCCUGGAGGCAGCAAAGCCCUUCCUUCUGAAAGCACCAGCCUCCUCCCUGUGACGGCAGCAGCAGGCGUGCAGUGGGCCUCUUGUCUCAGAGCGAAAGGCUGCUCCCAGCAGCCUCUCCUGUGGCAGCCUGAACAUUUUAAGACUGACAUGUGUGGAAGGCAUACCAAUGCUUUUCCCUCUGAUUUGGUUUUAGGCAUUUGUUUUAAAAGUUUUGGGUUACUGGGGAAGUAAAGGGAGGGAAGGGUCCCAUCCAUUCAGCCUGGAAGUUGGGCCUGGUGUUAGGGAGACUCUAUUUCAGGGAAAAUGUUCUGUGGGUGGAGACAAAUAAACUUAUUUUGUUUUCUCA